AUGGUACCAUUAAAGACUGGCCCUAGAAAUUAUUCCUUGGAGGUAUCUGACAGAGUGGAGUCGCUGCAAGACUUGAAGAAUUCCUCCAUAAGUGGAAUUGACAACAGAUGUAUCUUUGAUGAUGGGACUUCGCAAAAGUUAUCGAAGGACGAGAUUUUGGAGCUGCGUGAAGCUGGAAAGUCGGGCAAGGAAAUAGUUGGUACCCUCAUAGAAAACAGUAAAACUUUUGCAAAUAAAACAGAAUAUUCCCAGGAGAAAUACCUAAAGAAAAAAGAACGCAAAUAUAGCCAGUAUUUGGUGAUUCACAAGCCAACGGUUAGAGCUCUGCAAGAGAUAUACUUUCAACAAGAUCAUGGGAAGAUAUGUGGUUUGCGGAUGGAUACAUUAGCUCUGCUGUUUUCAUACAGCGAUGUUAAGUCAGAGGGAUUAUAUCUUUUAUAUGAUAGUGGAUCAUCAGGUCUAGUGGCAGCUGGCAUGUUAAACAGAAUAGGUGCUAAAACUACAGAAUGUAUUACCAAACAGAUUCCUUAA